GGAUGGUGAAUUUUUAAUGUCUUCGCUUCCCUAAUUUGGUAAUCCUGUAGUUCUGUCCCGAUUGUGUCGCCCGACUUCUAUCAUCCUGGUUCUCCUUUCUGCGUCUUUGCGUGGUCCUUCACGCUUCGUCUGUCAUAGAAGAGCAAUUUUGCUGUCUAGUCGAUCUCAAAUGAGCGCCGAUGCAGCAACUACGAGCAUAAGUGUGCCGGAGGGCUUCAAACUUUAUACCGAAAACAGCUCCCACAUCCUACUUUCAUCCAAUGAGGCCUUUCUCAACCCAGUCCAAGAGUUCAAUCGGGAUUUGAGUGUUGCAUGUAUCAACGUAUGGAGUGAACAGCUUAAUAAGGCCAAGGAGGAAAGAUGGAAUCAAGCUCAGGGGGAAAAGGCUGCCAAAGGCAAAGGAAUUGGUCAACCAUCAAGGAAGCGUCAGAGAGAAGAAAUCGAGCUUGCAACGACUACAGGUCCAGAAUGCGUCCCCACAGUUGCUGAAGGAGGCUCGAAAUGUUCGCAAUCUAAUCAACAGGAAUCCGACAAAAACACACAAUCCCAUUAUAAACCUUACACCAUUGUCAUACUGGAAGCCCUGUCUGCAACUGGACUUAGGUCGGUUCGCUAUGCAAAAGAAAUACCCCUCGUCAAAUAUGUGAUAGCCAAUGAUAUUUCUUCCGCAGCGACUGCUGCAAUAAAAAGGAACGUUGAGCUCAAUGGCCUCGGGGCGGAUCUCUCGAUUCCAACCGGCCUACAUCGUAACCUAAAAAAAAUCAGGGUCAGCGAAGGAGAUGCAAGUACUCUGAUGUACAAUCAUCGUCUCGAACGUGAACGUGUCGACGUCGUAGACCUUGAUCCUUAUGGCACCGCCGCCCCCUUCGUUGACGCAGCAGUUCAGUGCGUUAAAGAUGGCGGUCUCCUUUGCAUAACUUGUACAGAUCUAUCCGUCCUUGCUACUAAUAAUUAUCCCGAGAAAUGCCUUUCAAACUACGGAGGUGUCCCUGUCAAGGCGGAAUACUGUCAUGAGGCGGCACUCCGCCUUGUUCUCCAUACUGUAUCUAUGUCGGCUUCCAGAUACGGUCGCUAUAUUGAGCCCUUACUGUCUCUUUCAAUCGACUUCUACGUCCGACUCUUUAUUCGAAUAAACACAUCUCCUAUGCAAGUUAAAAAGGCUAUAACGAAGACCUCAACGUAUUAUAUCUGCACCUCCUGUCAAGCCUAUUACGAGCAACCACUCGGCCGAAUGAUUGAGAGGAAGAACGAGUUUUCUGGUAACGUCAACUACUUGUUCAAGACACAACCCGGACCUCUGGUCGAAGGCAAGUGCCCAGAAUGCGAGUCUGUCCUUCAUGUUGCUGGUCCCAUGUGGUCCGGCCCCAUUCACGACACUGAAUUUGUCUCCAGAGUCCUCGACCACGCUGAAAACAAAGCUAGUCAGUACGGGACCGCCGUUCGUAUGAGAGGGAUGCUCACGGUUGCGAAGGAGGAACUGCACACGCCCUUCUAUUUUACUCCAGCUAGAGUGGCAAGUUUCUUCCACUGUGUAACACCGUCUCUGGAUGACACUGCUUCUGCAUUAUUACAUGCGGGUCAUAAAAUCUCGAGAUCCCAUGCAUGUCCCGGUUCCCUCAAAACUACCGCGACUCGCGAGGAACUGUACAAUAUUUUUCGUUCAUGGGUCAGAACACAUCCAGUCAACACAAACAAUGUCUCUGAGCGUUCGCCAGCACGAAGACUACUCGCAAAAGAGCCAAAAUCGGAAGCCAACUUCAAGCACCAUCCAGAUUCUGUUACUGCAUCAUCCCACGUGAAAUUGGUUAGGUAUCAAGAGACACCUAGUAAUUGGGGGCCUGGGACAAGGGCUGCUGCCAGCACGGGCAACUCCACAAAGAGAAAGCGGCACGAAGAGUAGAUACAUUGACGGUUUUUGGAUCGGACUUCUCGGAUGUUGUAGCCGUCCCGGUGGUAUGUACGCUUGAAAGGCUCCAAGCUGUGAUUUCACGAAAAAUUCAACA